AUGGCGGCUAUAGGGGAGUUCAGGAACGUCUCUCAGCUGACGCAAGAUGAUUGGCGCGCAUGGUGUCGUCCCACAUCAGACGAGACCACAUUGGGCGAGACGCCGGUGGGUUCUCUGCCCAGUCCUCGAUCAGACACAACUUCUGCAGAGCGAGCAAAUCUCACCUGCCUGGGUCUCAUCAACACUCGCCAGGCUCACUCUUUCGCCUCGAGACUAUCGUUUUUGCGCCUCACACUCGUUCCAACCAAACGCACACUAUCAAUAACCAACCAACCCGUGUCGAUCACGAUCACCAUAACAAUCAACAAGAUGCACGCAUUCACCGUCGCCGCAUUGGCUUUCGCCUCUUUGGCCGUCGCUGCUCCUCACACCCACGGCCACUCGCAUAACCACGCUCGUGCCGUCGCUCCUGCUUCCGAGCCAGAGAAGCGCGACGACUCGACCUUCGAGCUGAUGGUCCACAACAACUGCGCCGAGGACAAAACCUUCGGUCUCUACCAGAUCAAUUCUGCCUUCCAGAUGUCGCAGAUGUCCGAGACCGAGACUGUCCCAGCCGGAACGAACUCCACGAUCUCUGCGCCUUUCACUGCUCUCGGCAUGCGUCUCUCUGCCACCGCUGACAAGGGCACUGCCGCCCAGUGGGAGGCCCAGACUCUUUUCGAGUUCGGCUACAGUGCAUGGAACGGCUUGACCGGUACUGCUUACGACUUGUCCGUCAUGCAGGGCAGCACCGAGGGCAUCGCCGCCUACCCCGACCACAGCCAGUGCGAGUCCAAGGUCUGCUCUUCUCUCGGCUGCUCUCUGGCUGAGGCCUGGACCGACGCUACCCAGGUCGCCGAUGGCAGCCCAGCUGAUACCGUCUGCUACCAGGGUGUCACCAACUUCAGGGUCGUGUGGUGCCCAUCGACCUAA